AUGGUGGCCGUCUGCACAGCGCUUGCCUCGCGGCAGCUCUUCCGCCAAGGCGGUUUGACGGUAUCCCGACGAAGCAUAAGCACAACAGGAUGUCUACAGGGACUACGCGACUCGCUGAUGGCGAGCAACGAGAAUGCGGACGCCUCCUCCGGCUCUGGAAACCUAUCUGGAGCCAAGAUCACUCAUCGUCCUCCGCCCGUGAAGAAGGGUUCGCUGGCAUCUGGCUCCAUCUUCUCUGACGGCGACGACGUGAGCUUUUCACCUUCGGGCCCAGCACCCAAGAGACCAGCGAAGAAGGACGCUUCCACGCCAGCAGAACAGUCGACAGCCCUGGUUGACCGGAACCGAGACACGAUAUCGCGGACGCUGAUCCCGCAUCCGGACCGACGAGCUCGCUGGGAGCGGAAGAUGGUUAUCCGCAGCGUGAAGAACAGAGGGCAGCUCAGCCGGGAGGAGAUCAUCCAUCAGACGGAGCGAGAGCUGCAGAGUCGGUCGCAUUUCUUCAAGACGUCUGUGAAGAAGCUUGGCCCCCUGGCGAGACAGGUUGCCGGCAAGAAGGUGGAGGAUGCGAUACUGCAGAUGACGUAUAGCAAGAAGAAAGCAGCGAGGGACGUGAGGCUGUUCCUUGAGCAGGCUAGGAACGAGGCCAUCGUGAGCCGUGGGAUGGGACUGGGGAAGUCGAGUGGAGAAGGAGAAGGACAAGGAGAAGGGGAGGUAGAGAUCAAGCUGAAGGAUGGCAAGGCGUACACGGUGAGGGAUCCCACUGCCAUAUACAUUGACCAGGCGUGGGUGAACCGGGGCCCCUACGGGGUGGACUACGACCACCGGGCGCGAGGGCAGAUCAACCGGCUGCGUCCGCCGCACACUGCGCUGGCGGUGGUGCUGAAGGAGGAGAAGACGCGGGUGAGGGAAUGGCAGGACCGGACGGAGAAGGCGUUGAGGGAGAGAAAGGAGAAGCUGUGGGUUCAGAUGCCUGACCGGAGGGUUACAGCUCAGAGCCAGUAUUAUUCUUGGUGA